UUAGCAACCGCUUGACAUCCGUGACCGGAAGUGAUCGGCGAGGGUCAGAGGUCGCCGGCGGCGGCGGGCGAAGAUGGCGGUGGUGACGCUCCCCCGCGGCGGCGGCGCCGCUCCUGCCGCGGCGGCGCCCGGGCUCAGGCAUGGUGGCCGUGCUGUAGGAGGGCUGCGAGCUGCGGCGAUGCCAGCGGAGGAGGCGCGGCAGGAGAGAGCUUGAACGCGUCGGGGGAUACGCGCUGUGUGUGUGAAACGUCUUGGCAGACCAUCACCCCCUUGUACAACAGCACUAUGUCCCUGAAGCAGCUAUAGAAAACACUUACACGAAAGAGCCAUGGUGUCAUGGAAAGGGAUAUACUUUCUACUUGCACUAUUCUUGGGAAGCUUUUUUGGAAGUAUUUUCAUGCUCAGUCCGUUUCUACCUUUGAUGCUUAUCUCACCGGCCUGGUAUCGCUGGAUCACUGAUUGCGUUGUGGCCACUUGGCUCACACUCCCAGUGGCGUUGCUGGAGAUGGUGUUUGGUGCCAAGGUGGUUGUCACUGGUGAUGGAUUUGUUCCUGGAGAAAGGAGUGUCAUUAUCAUGAACCAUCGCACACGAAUGGACUGGAUGUUCCUGUGGAACUGCCUGCUGCGAUACAGCUACCUCAGACUUGAAAAAAUCUGUCUCAAAUCCAGUCUCAAAAGCAUUCCAGGAUUCGGCUGGGCGAUGCAGGUUGCUGCGUUUGUUUUCAUUCAGAGAAAGUGGGAAGAUGACAAGAGUCAUUUUGAAAAAAUGCUGGAUUAUUUCUGUGACAUUCGUGAACGCCUACAGCUCCUCAUCUUUCCUGAAGGAACUGAUCUCACAGCCAAUACCAAAGCCCGCAGUAAUGAAUUUGCUGAAAGGAAUGGACUUCGAAAAUACGAGUAUGUCUUGCAUCCGCGAACUACUGGAUUCACUUUUGUGGUGGAACGUCUGAGGCAAGGUAAUAAUCUCGAUGCUAUCCAUGACAUAACUGUGGCAUACCCCCAAAACAUUCCUCAAACAGAGAAGCACCUUUUGAAUGGAAACUUCCCGAAGGAGAUUCACUUUCACGUCCAGAGAUACCCAAUAGAGACGGUGCCCACUUCUAAGGAGGAGCUGCAGCUUUGGUGCCAGAAGCGCUGGGAAGAGAAAGAGGAGAGACUCCGGCAAUUCUACGAAGGAGCAAAGUGCUUCGAUGCAACAGGGCAAAGCAUUAUUCCACCAUGCAAAUCCGAGCUCAGGGUCCUAGUGGUUAAGUGCAUCUCGCUCCUGUACUGGACAGUGUUCCCACUGAGUGUGUUUGUGCUGCUGUACCUUUACAGCUUUGUACGAUGGUAUUUUGCAGCCAUGAUUGUCUUUUUUGUCGUGCAGCAAAAAAUAUUUGGUGGGCUGGAACUAAUUGAACUUGCUUGUCAUCAAUAUUUUAAAAAGCAACAGCAAAUACACAACACAAAAAUAAAAAACACUUAGUUCUUGGGUAAAGAAGGGGUAAAAAUUGAUGUUUUUGAGAGGUACUGCAGACUUUGUAAAUGGGGAAGAAUUUUUGCAUGAGAAUUGUCUUUUCUUACUAUCGCCAUUAUUUGUUAGACACUUGCACUUAAUUCUGUGAAAGGAAAGAAAAGCGUUAAGUUACUGCUACACAUGAAAAUGAUAGUUUUUAUCUCUGAAUGUAAUUUCAACAUUGCUUUUGCAAGCAGCUAGUAACUGCAUUCUGCUGUAAUUAUGAAACAAAUUGCUGGAUUAUUGAACAAUCGUAAGGAUGUUAAUAAACGUGAUAUGCACUGAACUUUACUGUAAAAAUCCAAACUGUCCAGCUACGAGAGACAGAUGUACGAUUUCUGUAUAAUCACAUUGUCAUAAAGUGAGCACCAGACUUGAAAAGCUAGGAAGUUUAGUAAUGGUUUGAUGGUAGUUGUUCCAUUUCUUUUUUGCUGUUUCAAAUGUUCAAGCUUAAUUUAAAAUACUUUCCCAUAAGCUUUCCCAAACACUACUGAACUUACUGUUAUUCAAGCUGUUCUGACUCAGUAAAUCAGAAAUUAGAAGGAUUUCUAAGCCUUGCUGUCUUGUGUUGUAGUACAGAAAACUGUGCUGGCUCUGCCUCCAUUUAAGUCUUAGCUGAGUAUUUACUACACCUAUGUAGCUGGGUUGGUUUUUCACUGUUUUACACUGUCCUGAUCUUCCUGUUAGCUUUGGAAGACUUGUUCCUACAGUAGUAUUUAGAGUAGGGUGAGGAGGAGGGCUUUCUUUUUGUUUUUAGUGUGUUUUUUUUUUUCUGGUAGAAGCAAAAAUAGAUGUCUAAAUGUCUUUGAAUAGCUGGCAAAUGUAUUCUUAAAAGGUCUCCUUGUAGACAUUAUUUGUGUGAAAACUUUUUUUUUUAUUUGUCAGAGAAGGCAAAAUACCUUUUUUUUUUUUUGAAGCAUUUAUUUUCGCUUUCACAAUGCUUCCUUAGACAUUUCAGGUGUCCAUUACAUAAGUACAAAGACUGCUUUUUCUGUGUGUCGACCAGACCCGUUGAAAUGCGUCGGAUGCAAUGAUUGUCUCCUUACAGGUAUGAGAAGAAAUGUGUUUCAGACUAUCACAGCACAGGCAAAUUGAGUUACAUCUUCCCUUGGCAAUAUUCUCCUUGACUGACUGAUUGCAUCCUUCCUUUUCCCCACCUCUUUGCAAUUUGUUUCCUUUUUUGGACUCCUACUAAAACAUUUUCCUUUCUUUUCAUGACAGCCAGAAAGUCUGAGGGUUUAAACUCUGACAAGACACUUUGCAAGCAUAUUCCCUAUCAUGCAUAAUAGAAGUAACGUUCGUGGUCACAUAGUAAGUGGGAUAAACAUUACCAGCACUUAGGAGAUGCUUCAAUUUAGAUUUGUUGUUCAACCUCAGACAAUGUUAGACUGCUUGGUCAACUGUAUUGCUGCAGAGCUUCCCUCACUUACUAAAUAUUUGUUUGUUGCAUGAGGCUUGUUUGAACUCGAUCGAGGUGGCUUAACUCAGGAUGUUGAGUUGUAUUGCCGUGCAGUGUGAACACGCAGAGUAUAGACUGUAUCCUACACUAUGCUGAAUCUCUCAAGUAUCGUUUCAGCAUUGCAGACACAUCUGUUUUCUUCUAAAUUACAAAACUGAGCAUGUUGUCUAAUGUGUUUGGAUUAAAGGCCAUUUUUGGAAGGAAUCACCAGCCUAUUAUUUAACUGUCCCUUGCAAGGUGACAGCUAUUUUUUAAUCUAUGCUUAUAAUAUGUAAUUGUUUAUUAUGCAGAAAGUACUUGAAGCCAUCUGUUUUACUCUAAUUUUUUUAAUCCCCUUUUUUCUUAAAGAUAAAUAAAAGUAGCUUUAUAUUUAGGAUUGUAUUUCUUAAUGAUGUUUUUCAUAUUUGUAUUUGAGUCCCUAAAGACUGACAACUGGUGUUUUGUUUUCGUGAGUGGAGGAGGUUCUUUCUGCACUAGGAUGACAUUUUUAAACCUAGUUCAGUGAUAUUAAAGGCAUGGUUGCAGCUUAAAUGUACAUAGCAUGGUUUUUCUUAGCAUAACACUCUGCUUUGAUUCAGUUCCCUGCACAUCCAGGUAACUGUCAUAGCAAGGGAAGAAUUUAAAGAAGGUGAUCUGAGAGGCUUCUAAUCUGUCCCAGGCCAUGGUUGUGCUUUCAUACCAGUAGUAACCGUGGCCACCCUACUCUUGUAGCCUUAAAACAGUCUUGAGAAGUGACUGCAGAGGACAGAUUAUACAUUGGUUACAUAAAUACCAGCUAUACUUUUUUCAGUCCUUAAAAGAACUUUGUGAUAUCAAAAAAAUUUAUCAGGAACAUCAGUGUGAGUCUUGGUCAUGAAGUUAUGAAAGACUUUUAAUACAUUUUAAGUCUGUGUUUGAUUAGAGUUGGCUCUUAAAAUGAAAUAAAAUACAGCCAAUAACUGACCCUUACAAGGGGUUUUCUAUCCAGCUGGAGCCAAACAUGUAACAUACUGUAACGUGGUAAACAUUCUGCAAAUUUGUAAUUCUUCCUCUUCUCUCUUAUAUUUAGACAGAACAGAAAUAAUAAUAUUGUCAGCUGUAAAUGUCACAUUUGCACUGUCUGACUCCGUAACGCAGGGUAGCACAUGUUAAAUGAAGAAACCUCCUCUCACAAGGAACGUGUUGACUUUGAGACAGAUGUAAUUUUUCAGAUUAUGUGCAUCAUUAUGCAGCUCGAUUAGAAAUGCAAAACAAGAAAAAUCAGAAUUAAAAAGAAAAAACUGUGAAUAUGGAAGCUGCUUUGUUUAAAAAGUGAUUAAGGAACUACAGCAAAAUCUUUCUCUGAUUUUUUUUCCCCCCUCUUUGGUCAAAGUCUAGCUUUUUAUUCAAAAGGUUCUAAUAUACAGAUUUUUGGUAGACUGUUUUGUUCUUAUUCACUGUUUCCUUAUUCGAACUACACUAAGACUAAGUCAGGUAAAUCACUUCAAAAUGUUUUCAGCGCUGUUAAAUGAAAGGUGCUUGUACUCCAGGAAUCAAACACACUGAUCCUUCCUGGAGCACAUGUUGGCACCAAGACAUGUCUCACUUUAUUAGCAUGUCUUCUCAAAGCUCAUGUUCUCUUGUAGUCCCAGUAGCCGUGAUGUUCAGCAGUGAUACUUGUUCUACUGGACCUCCAUCUCUAUUAGGUUUGCUUAUGUUAUUGGAGAUAAAUGAUAUGUUUUUCUUGCCUUUAAGGAUACUGUUCAUUUGCUCAAUCAAAUGUUUCCUUAUCAGAAUCAUGGGUUUCUUUGCUCAGAACAGAAGGUUGAAAUCCCAUCGUCUGUGUCUGUCAUAACAGACCAUCGGUUUGGAUGACAGAACAUCAGACCAAGACAUUUCUCUCUUGUGUUCAAAACUGCAGGGCCCCAGUCUGGUCUAUAAGGUGUUGUGCUGAUCAUACUAAAUGUAGUUCCUAGUUCUGUGCAUUACAUCAAUCUCAGUUGUUUAAACAAGAUCCCUGUUUUUAUAACUUGAUUUUAUAUGUACGUUGUAUGAAAAGAAACACCAGGAUACAACAAAUCUACAAAAUAGCCUUAGUUUUCAAAGUUCACUGAUUAUAUUAGAAUGUUUUAACCAUGUAUCAGUUACUCUACAGCAACAAUAAAGACCUGAAUCAUUA